CUACAUAAUACCAUUUAUUUACAACCCACGAACUGUGAGAAACAUUAAAACAAUUAUAACAAUCAAUUGCCAAUAGAUACUUCAAGAUGUUCAGAUUUCGCAAAGGCCUCGACGUGAUUACGCUGUUCCACAGCCCAACUGCCCCAGCUUCGAUGAGAGUCCACAGUCUCUUGAAGCAAGCUUCAGCGGCCGCUGGAGAGACAGCUACAGAGGACCAAGCGAGCGACCACACGCAACAGACAAAGAGCAGCGUUCAGACGGAAUUCGAGCUCAACGUUAUUGAAGACGCCCCGACCCCGGAUCAGCUGAAGAGCAUUCUCGAAUACGUCGGAGAGAAUGGAGCUGGCAAAGUCGUCCAGGGAGCAACGAGUGGGAAGGAUGCCUUCACAAAGUGGAAGAAAGAUAAGGGUAGCUUCCAACGGCCAUUGACGGUCGACUGGAACAACGGAAAGGUGGUGGCAGGUGCAAAUGAAUCGGAGAUCCUGAAAUUGUUGGAAUCGCUGCCAAAGGAAUGAUUUUGAAUUUAGCGUUCCUACACGGGCAUUUCCCGUCUGUCUCUCUCGAUACCUCAAGUGAAGGUGUCAAGAAGUGUGAUUAUAUAGAUUGAUUUGGCCUCGUGGCGGGUUGAUAAAUUUCACUCCACUCUUUCCAGGCUUACGAGCAAAUUAAGUAAAUAGCGAACCCAAGGUGGUUUUGAAUGUGCAGAGUCAAUAUGCUUCUUUCAAUUCUUGGCGGGGACCUGUGGUAGCAGCAGAGAGCGGUUUGUACAGUAUGUUUCAUGAUCAAUAACAACCCCUUAUCAUAUUACCAGCAGUCUCAUUAUCGUAGUUUGUUUGCAUCGUUGGUUAUAUGGGAUUGGAUACUGAUCUGAGAAUGGGUGGCUUCAUACGGACUGCCGUUUUGGAGAGAA